UGGACUAAGUAAGUUAGUUCACUAUCACUUUCACAACAGUGUGUGGCUGUCUGGCUGGAAGGUUCAUACGCGGGCAUAAAGCUUCUUCAGGUAUAGCAAAGAUGUCUUCUACAUCACAGAAACACAGAGACUUUGUGGCAGAGCCCAUGGGAGAGAAGCCGGUGAAGGCUCUUGCUGGCAUUGGUGAGGUACUGGGAGGAAAGCUUGCUGAUAAGGGUUUUGACAAGGCCUAUACUGUCUUGGGUCAGUUUCUCGUGAUGAAGAAAAAUGAAAAGCAAUUUACAGAUUGGUUAAAGGGCAUCUGUGGCGCCGAUAAAAAACAGGCAGGUGAUUGUUUUUGCAGUCUGAAAGAAUGGUGUAAUUCUUUCUUGUAAGAAUAUUGCCUUCCCAAGUCCAGCCUCUGAUGUUCAAGAACAGCAUGCUACCUGCAAUAUCCAACUAUGAGCAAGCAAGACAUCUUGAUGCAUUGAAUUGCCAUCAGGUGUACAAAGAAGACGACGUGCAUCUGGUCACAACAGCUCAAUGUAUUCUUAAAGCUUCAAGCCUUUUCAUAAUUGUAAUGUCUCUUUAUUCUGACAAAAAUAUAUAUUUUAAUGUUUCCAAAGGUGACUUAAGAAUAGCCUAUUGCUGCUUUAUAUAAAAAUAAAUAAAUCACAGGUUAAUGGCAUU